AUGGGUGAUAGAAGAAGGCGUAGCAGGGCAAUGCAAAUGGCACAAUACCAAGCAAGCCUUGACAAUGCGGAUGCAGAAAUGAUCAACGCAGAAGCCAAAUUUGCAAACUCACUUAUGCAAUAUGAGCACCAUGCCGAAUUUAGUUAUCGUGGUUCUGUCACGGGGCAUUCAUUUGUGCAGUGUGAUAGAGAAGAGUGUUAUGACCGAAUGAUGAAAGAUUAUUUCAUCGAAUCUCCGAGACAUCCUGCUCAAGAUGUUCAAAGGCGGUUUCAGAUGAAGAGAAAGUUUUUUGAAAGCAUCUUGAACUCAAUUGACAAGUAUUGCCAACUUGCAGAGACUACUGUUAUUGAGAACCUGAAGCGCUUCUGUAAGGCAAUUGAAGCCACAUACCUCCGUAAGCCAAAUCGUGAAAAUUUAAAGAGGCUUCUACGCAAGACAGACAAAAGAGGCUUCCCUGGCAUGAUAGGAAGUCUUGAUUAUAUACGUUGGAAGUGGAAAAAUUAUCCUACUGCUUGGGCUGGCCAAUUCAAGGGCCAUCAUAACAAGCCAACCAUAGUGCUCGAGGUUGUGGCGUCUUACGACACAUGGAUUUGGCAUGCUUUCUUCAGCGCUCUUGGAUCAAACAACGAUAUCAACGUUCUUUGGUCUUCUCCUUUGUUCAAUGAUGUUGUCAAUGGAUGGGCACCAGACUUUCGAUACAAAGUAAAUGGUAAUAGAUAUAAGCUAGGUUACUACCUAACUGAUGGUGUUUAUCCUAGUUGGUCUACCUUUGUCAAAAGUUAUUCUCAUCCCGAUAGUGCGUAG